AUGGCGGAUCAUCAGGCUGUACCAGGAAUUCCUCUUACGAGUACUAUCACUCCACACACGACAUAUGUCAACAUUGUCACCAUCCUCGUGGCGGGCAUGGGCAGCUUCUUGUUCGGGUAUGCCAACAACUCUAUCGCCGGAACCCUCGCUCAGACGUCCUUUAUCGAGAAGUUUCUCACUGGGAGUAAUGCGACAUCCAUCAUUGACGGAAUCCUUGGCGGAUUCCAAGGAGGAGGAUUGAUAGGCGCUAUCCUCCAAGCCCCCAUCUCACAACGCUUCGGACGGCGUGCUGCAACGGGCACCGCAGCUGCUCUAGUCACCUUCUCUGCAGCUCUGCAAGCCGGAAGUGUCAAUAUUGCAAUGUUUCUUGCGGCCCGUGUCAUCUGUGGAAUUGGAGCUGGCAUCGUGAUCACCAAUUGUCCAGUCUACAUGAGCGAGAUCGCACCACCGCACAUACGGGGAAUGCUUGUUGGCAACCACGCAAUCUCGAUCGUAUACGCCUACAUUUUCUCCUCGGUUGUUGCUCUCGGCUUUUACUUCAUUGAUGCACCCUAUGCAUGGCGUUUGCAAUAUGUCAUGCUCGCCUUCUUUGGACUCAUGCUUGGCGUGUCCCUGUUUUUCCUACCGGAGUCACCCAGAUGGCUGUGCGAGAAAGAGAGACACGACGAAGCGUGGAUUGUUCUCAGACGUCUUCAUCAGUCUAAACAGGAUCCGGAUGCGCAGCUUGCGAGGGCUGAGAUGGCUCAAAUGAAGGCGCAGAUUGAGUCGGAGAGGUCUUUGCCUACAGGUUAUAUUCACAUCUUUCGCACUCCCCAUCUGAGGCAUAGAGCCUUUUGCUGCAUUUUGGUGUGGGUUAUGGGCCAGUCCACCGGCAUUCUAGUCAUCGCAAACCUGACUCCAGUUCUGUUUGGCCAAUUAGGAUUCGGUCCAGUCCUUCAACUUGGUCUAUCCAUCGUAUGGGUCACGGUCGCGCUGAUAGGCUGCUUCAUCAAUGCUGCGCUCAUGGACCGCUUUGGUAGAGUCAAGCUGCUUGUGACUGGCGGCUUUCUAUGCAGCUCCACUUUGAUAGUCGAGGCAAUCCUCCAGAAGUAUUACCUUGGAUCAACGGACAAGACGGGAAUCAAUGCUGCUGUAGCGAUGUACUUCCUGUGGAUCUUGUUUUAUGGCUCAACAGUCGACUGCGCGGCAUACGUCUAUAUUUCCGAGAUCUGGCCAACCCACCUCCGAAGCAACGGGACCACCAUUGGGCUCGUCUCCUUCUUUGCUUGCUCCAUUGCGUACACCAGCCCGGCAUCCGAAGGAUUUGCUACUAUUGGAUGGAAGUAUUACUGGGUGAUGAUUUGUGUAUGCCUCGUCUCGGCUACCGCUAUCUUUUUUGUUCUUCCAGAGACCGCAAAACUUACUCUCGAAGAAAUUGGAGAAAGGUUCGGCGAUGCGGUGGUUGUUCACUUUGGCGAGCAAUUCGAAUCCAAGACCAACGACGAAACUCCAGCCGGAAACGGUACCGAAAAAUCGGGUCCAGAGUUGAACGAGACGGUUGCGUAAUCCCACGGUGCGAUUGUUCUGAGGGCCGCAAAAGAAAGAUACACCGCAAGUCUAUAUUACUCCGCUGCGGGGAUUAGACCGACUUGGAGCUUGGGGUAGUUGAUAUGCAGCCAGGCCCUACGCCUGAGUAAUACAGAUCCGGUUUGUGGCGCCCGUGCACCGCGACGUUGAACUUGAAUACAGCACUGGCAACCCAAAUGUUCAAAAAUAAUUCUGGAUAUCAUUGAAGCGCAAAGUCAAGGCUACGACUCGGUAUUUUCUUUGAAAAUUAUUGGCCAAAAAUUGGAGGAGAUCUAUGUUGUCGAAUGUUGCGUGCAUAGACCACAAACCGGAUCUGUAUUACUCCUACGUAGAGCCAGGAUCCACUCCCCACGGGGUGCGUUCCCCGCU